CCUUAUUAGCGCCCGGCGAGUCGCCGGCAGAGAGAGAGCAGACGGCCCGGGCCGCGAGCAACCGGAGCGGGCGAGCGGCCCACUCCUCCCUCCUCCCAGGCGGCCGCCUCCUCCUCCCCUCGUCCUCCCGCCCCCACUGCGUGUGCAGCGGAGGCUCCAGGGCUCGCUCUGCCUCUUUUCUCCCGCUCGCUGGGCUCCGGCUCCCACUCCUCCCCUGCCCGCCGCGCUCCCGGGGACCCCGAGCCGUCUCCGUGCUCAGCCUCGGCGGCCCACGGUGCUCCCGAGAGCCCUGCAAAAGCAGCCCCGGGACAGAGAGUGGGACGCCUCGGUCCCUUCCCCCGCUCGGUCAGCCUCUCUUUCCCCGGCUCGCGGCACCCCUGGCUCCCUCACAGUCGGCUCGGGAGCACAGGGUGAGAAGGUGAAGUGGAAAGGACCGACAGGGCACGGGGCCAGGCGCACGGCUCACGUUGCCUUUUCAUUGAGCAAAGCCCAAGAUUUUUUUUUUAAAGCUCUGCACGCCGCCCCCUGCCCCCCCCCCCCCCUCCGCGCGCUCCCCUUUUCCAUCUUCUUUGCGCUUUUUUAAAGGAAACUUAUUUUGGAGUGGUUUGCGCUGGGAUAGCUGCUUUGCCCAGCAGUUGCGAAGUGCACUCGCCUCGUGAUGGUGUUCCUGUCACUUUGGUUGAUAGCAGCCUCUCUGGUAGAGGUUAGGACAUCAGCUGAUGGACAAGCUGGUACUGAAGAAAUGGUGCGAAUAGAUUUACCAAUAGAGAGAUAUGGAGAGUAUGAGCUGGUGACACCAGUCAGCACGAAUCUAAAAGGACACUAUCUUUCCCAUAUUCUUUCUGCCAAUCACAAAAAGAGGUCACCGAGGGACUUGUCGUCCAACUCAGAACAAGUGUUCUUCAAUGUCACAGCAUUUGGAAGAAAAUUUCAUCUUCGACUAGAGCCGAACACGCGCUUCAUCGCCCCUGGAGCUGUUGUAGAAUGGCAUGAGACCUCUCCAAUGCCUGGGAAUACGACUGACCCUGGAAAUGCCAAUCCACACGGAAGUGCUUCAGAAGCAAUCAGGAGAUCAGAGCCCUUGCAGACUAGCUGUGCUUAUGUCGGUGACAUCAUGGACAUUCCCGGAACCUCUGUUGCCAUUAGCAACUGUGAUGGUCUGGCUGGAAUGAUAAAAAGUGAUAAUGAAGAGUAUUUUAUUGAACCCUUGGAGAGAGGUAAGCAGAUGGAUGAAGAAAAAGGAAGGAUUCACGUUGUCUACAAGAGAUCAGCCAUGGAGAAGGCUCCCAGAGGUGUGUCUGAAGACUUCUACCACAGGGAGUCAGAUCUGGAAGGCCUUGAUGAUCUCGGCACCGUUUACAGCAACAUUGGCCAGCAGCUGAACGAGACACUGCGUCGCCGUAGACACGCGGGGGAGGACGAUUACAACAUCGAGGUGCUUCUGGGCGUGGAUGACUCCGUGGUCCGUUUCCAUGGCAAAGAGCAUGUCCAAAACUACCUCCUCACCCUGAUGAACAUCGUAAAUGAAAUCUACCACGAUGAGUCCCUCGGAGUGCACAUAAAUGUGGCCCUGGUGCGAAUGAUCAUGCUCGGCUACGCAAAGUCCAUCAGCCUCAUAGAGAGGGGAAACCCAUCCAGGAGCCUGGAAAAUGUGUGUCGCUGGGCUUGCCAGCAACAAAAACCUGAUCCCAAGCAUGCUGAACACCAUGAUCAUGCAAUUUUCUUAACCAGGCAAGACUUCGGGCCUGCUGGAAUGCAAGGAUAUGCACCUGUCACAGGCAUGUGUCACCCAGUGAGAAGCUGCACCCUGAAUCAUGAAGAUGGCUUUUCAUCUGCUUUUGUAGUAGCCCAUGAAACUGGCCAUGUGUUGGGAAUGGAGCAUGAUGGACAAGGCAACAGGUGUGGUGAUGAGACCGCCAUGGGCAGCGUCAUGGCGCCCCUGGUGCAAGCUGCCUUCCAUCGCUACCACUGGUCCAGAUGCAGUGGUCAGGAAUUGAAAAGAUACAUCCACUCCUAUGACUGUCUCCUUGAUGACCCCUUUGAACAUGAUUGGCCCAAACUCCCAGAACUUCCGGGAAUUAAUUAUUCCAUGGAUGAGCAAUGCCGUUUUGAUUUUGGUGUGGGCUACAAAAUGUGCACAGCGUUCCGAACCUUUGACCCGUGUAAACAGCUAUGGUGUAGCCAUCCUGAUAACCCGUACUUCUGUAAGACUAAGAAGGGGCCCCCACUCGAUGGAACCGAAUGUGCUGCUGGGAAGUGGUGCUAUAAAGGGCACUGUAUGUGGAAGAACGCUAACCAGCAAAAACAAGAUGGCAACUGGGGGUCAUGGACCAAAUUUGGCUCCUGCUCCAGGACGUGUGGAACUGGUGUUCGUUUUAGAACACGCCAAUGCAACAAUCCCAUGCCCAUCAAUGGUGGUCAGGACUGCCCUGGCGUUAAUUUCGAGUACCAGCUUUGUAAUACAGAAGAAUGCCAAAAGCACUUUGAGGACUUCAGGGCCCAGCAGUGCCAACAGCGUAACUCCCACUUUGAGUACCAGAAUACCAAACACCACUGGCUGCCGCACGAACAUCCUGACCCCAAGAAAAGAUGUCACCUUUACUGUCAGUCCAAGGAGACAGGGGACGUUGCUUACAUGAAGCAGCUGGUGCACGACGGGACUCGCUGUUCCUACAAAGACCCGUACAGCAUAUGUGUGCGAGGCGAGUGUGUGAAAGUGGGCUGCGACAAAGAAAUUGGUUCCAACAAGGUUGAGGAUAAGUGUGGGGUCUGUGGCGGGGACAAUUCCCACUGUCGGACUGUGAAGGGCACAUUUACCAGGACACCCAGGAAGCUUGGCAAACAUUUAAGCAAGAGAUGCCAUAAGGAACUCAAGUUUCUGGAAAAUGAAAUCUGGUACCUUAAGAUGUUUGAUGUGCCCCCUGGGGCCAGACAUGUGUUAAUCCAAGAAGACGAGGCUUCUCCUCAUGUUCUUGCUAUCAAGAACCAAGCCACAGGUCACUACAUUCUAAACGGCAAAGGGGAGGAAGCCAAGUCACGGACCUUCAUAGAUCUUGGUGUGGAGUGGGACUACAACAUUGAAGAUGACAUUGAAACCCUCCACACGGAUGGGCCCCUACGUGAUCCCGUCAUUGUGCUGAUCAUACCCCAGGAGAAUGACACCCGCUCCAGCCUGACGUAUAAGUACAUCAUCCACGAAGACUCGGUGCCAACCAUCAACAGUAACAAUGUCAUCCAGGAGGAGCUGGAUACCUUCGAGUGGGCGUUAAAGAGCUGGUCCCAGUGCUCCGAACCCUGCGGUGGAGGUUUCCAGUAUACCAAAUAUGGAUGCCGAAGGAAAAGUGACAAUAAAAUGGUUCAUCGCAGCUUCUGUGAGGUCAAUAAAAAGCCGAAACCCAUCAGACGCAUGUGCAACAUUCAGGAAUGCACACACCCGCUCUGGGCAGCAGAAGAAUGGGAGCACUGCAGCAAAAGCUGCGGCAGCUCUGGGUACCAGCUCCGCACCGUGCGCUGCCUCCAGCCACUCCAUGACGGAACCAACCGCUCCGUGCACAGCAAGUACUGCAUGGGGGACCGUCCUGAGAGCCGCAGGCCCUGCAACAGAAUGCCCUGCCCCGCCCAGUGGAAGACAGGGCCCUGGAAUGAGUGUUCAGUGACCUGCGGUGAAGGGACAGAGGUGAGACAGGUUCUCUGCAGGACUGGGGACCACUGUGAUGGUGAAAAGCCGGAGUCUGUCAGGGUCUGCCAGCUGCCUCCCUGUAACGAUGAGCCAUGUUUGGGCGACAAGUCCAUAUUCUGUCAAAUGGAGGUGCUGGCACGAUACUGCUCCAUCCCAGGGUAUAACAAGUUAUGUUGUGAGUCAUGUAGCAAACGCAGUGGCACCCUGCCACCACCAUACCUUCAAGAAGCUGCUGAAAUCCAUACUGAUGCUAUCUUUGGCCCUAGUGACCUCCCUAGGUCGCUAGUGAUGCCUACGCCCUUUCUCCCUUACUACUCAGGGACCCGUGCUGAGAAGAAAUCCUCGCGUAACAUCUCUUCCACAGCAAAUGCAAACGCAUAUGCUGCUUUCCAAGCCAGCAGCAGACCUAGUGCUAACUUCUACCAGAAGAAAGCUCAACAGUCUGGGAGAAAAACGCCGGGACCAAUACCACCCUCCUCAGCCCUAAAGACUGAUCACCUCCAUUCUGCCUCACCUGUGGCUGCUGUCCCCGCCCCUGCUCUCAGCGAUUCAAUAGGUGCUUCUCCCCAGACAAGAACCCCAAAGAAAGAUGGAAAGAGUAUUAGCAGGAGACAUCCUAUCAGGUCAACCGCCUCAGAGAGAUGAGAAAGCGGACCAAUGGAGCUAGAAAUGAAAGGGAAACCCGGACAGCCUCCCUCCCUGCAUGGUGCAUACAGCUUGUUAAAAAAGCAGUACUCUCCACACAAGGUUUACUCACGUGCUCUGUAAAUGGAAGGACAGGAAGUGCCGGUUCACUUUUCAGUUGCUUCCAUCCUCCUCCUGUUCUGUGUUGACUUGUUUGACCGAAUCCAUUGGAAGAAAGCGCCAAAGACUGUUUUCCGAAGGAAAGAGCCCAGCUGCAGUGGCCCCUGCCUAGAGUCCCAGCAUUUGGGAAACUAAGGCAAGAGGAUAGCUGCUGGUUCUGGGCCAGCCUGGAACACCCCUCUCAAAAACAGAAAAGCAAUGCAAAGUGGUUCAAUGUGUUAGGUGCUCUCUAAAGAAGAAAAGAGACUGGAGCCAAUUUUGUGCAUAUCAGCUGAUUUGUUUGUUUGUUUGUUUGUUUUUAAAAAGUUACAGUUGAAAUUACCGAAACAAAUGCCAGUGGUUUACGCUUCAAGAAAUUUUGGAAAAUAAUUCUUAGACUUGUAUUCCUAUUUAUCUAUAUUAGAAAUACUGUAUGAGCAAAUUUGCAACUGUUGUGUAAAUACUGUACAUUGCAGAAAUCAGUAUUAUUUUAAAAGAUGUCUCAGAUGAUUGUUUACUAUCUUACAUUUCUGGAUGUUCUAGGGUGCCUGUCAUUGAGUAUUGCCUUAUGUGACAUUCCAUGAGUUGAUUUCAAAGCAGAAUGUUCUGAGGAAGUUGGGAUUGCAGCUACUGACAUCCUAAAGAAGGUUUGCCAUUGGUUUAUCUGUUGGCACUGCAGGUACACAGGUGACCUGCCUUCUAUUCUAACAACAGAAGGAACAGGACUGGUGUCUUCAUGUAUUUGUGCACACUGGGUGCAGCGGAUAAACUUGGACACGGCAAAUCCCAGCCUCCUUGCCAUCAUCCUGUCAGAGGGCGUCAUGAAGAUGCACAUUGUCUCCACGAUGGCCUGUCCUUGUGCUAACAGUUGUGCUCAAUGUACUGUGACACUCACGGGUGUGCUGUGUGCGCUUGCCCAUAGCUGAGAAAAGUGUCAUCAGGCGAGAGCUGACACUUGGGUCCGUUCGUGCUUUGCAAGCAGGUUCAAGGAAGCGUCUCUGUCGUGGUUGAGAUAUUUAUUUUCUGCAUGGUUCCUAUCUAAUUGUUCACAGCCGCAGUGCACCUGACUGCAGUGCCAUGCUGGCAGCUCUGCCAGGGACAAACAUGCUCACGCUAAGGCCAGAAGCGCUCUCUCCCAGGGAGCGGAUGUACAGUACUUGUAUAUAGGAUAAAGAUCUGAAGAUAUUUAUUUUAAGAGUUGAUUUUUUUUCUCGAUAGUCUUUUUAUGUCUUUAAUAUUUACACUAAUAUCAAUGACAUUUUAGUAAACUAGAGAGACACGAUUAGUGUGUGCCAUGUUCUGUACAGAAAGAACACAAUUUAAAGUGAGCACAAGCACACAGCCGACUCAAAGAACUAAAACUGGACAGAUUCUUAAUUUAAAAGACACCAUUGGCAGCACUUGGUUGAAUCCAGGGCCUCUCCCAUGCUAAGCAAGCCCUCCUUCACCGAGCUGUAUUCCCAGCUCCUUUUGUGUUUCCAGUACAGGGUCUCUCUAAGCUGUCGGGGCAGGCCUUGAACUUGUGGAUCCACCUGCCACAGCCUCCCAAGAAGCUGGGAUUAUAGGCAAAGCUUGUGUUAAAUAUCUACAUCUUUUUAAGUAUUUGAGACAGAGUUGAUGACUUGUUCCCCUUCAAGGAUACAUAAAAUAGUGAGGAAAUUCAGCUACCUAUUGAAUGAAAUAGUGAGUUAGAAAUAUUUCUAAAGCUGGAUGAGGUGGUACACACCUGUCAUCCCAGCAUUCAGAAUCCAAGGCAGGAAGAUUACUGUGAGUGUGCAGCCAUCCAGGUCUAUGUAGCAAUACCCUGUCUCAAACAAAACAUAUUUUAAGUAUAUAAUGAGUACUCCCUGAAUUGCACUUAAAGACAAAGAUCAUUGUUAGCUUGCUUUUGAAAUCAUUUUCUAAACAUGUCUAGAAAUCCAUUCCGCAGAUUAGAGUAGAGAUGUGUAAUCCUCUCAAAGCACAGACUGAGAAGGCCUUUUGCAUUGCAACCGUCAUAAAUCAACAGCCUAAGCUAUGACUCAAUACCUCGAAACAAUUGCUGCUACUUCAUGCAAGAAUUUUAAAUGUCGAGUUAGGUGACUUCCUGAUAGUUAACAAUCCCUGAGCCUUAAAGGAUCUCUCUCUCUCUCUCUCUCUCUCUCUCUCUCUCUUUCCUUCUCUCUUUCUCUUUCUUUCUCUUGAAAACUUCACCAGGACGAAACUCUCUCUAGUUUACUCGGGUGCACACACAUCUAGUCCAGAGGAGCCUGAGGAUGGUCACACACGUACACCCCCACAAGAUGUACAUAUCCUUCCACUUUCUACCUAUGCGCUUUCUUUUCUACUAAGCUGGAAGUUCCUUUUUAUCAAGGUGUACACUACUGAUACUGUUUGUUGUAUUGGGAACACAUAGCAAUAAAAAGCGUGAAAGAGGAGGCAUGGUCUGACCUUGAUU